AUGCUCUUCCGUGGUAUCCUAGCGUUCUUUUCUCGCUCUGUCGAUGAUUCCAUUCGUGAGGAAUUCGUCCGUCAUGGUGGCUCCGUUGUUCAACCCAACUCCAAAUCCGAUUUCAUGCACGUCAAUGUUUGCUUUUGCGUGGGUAAAGGCGACCCCAUGCUCUCAAAACUGCUAUCUAUGUCUCUCAUUGUUCGCCACUCAUCGUGGAUUUCUAAAUGUCUCGUUGAACAAUUUCCUGUCCCGAUUUCUGACUAUGUUCUCGAUGACCAGUAUGUUGACAUUCUUCCUCAAACCACCCUCAAACGCCCUCUCGAAUCUCCCGCCGAUGUCUCUUAUUCUGAAGUAAUCAACCAUCGACCACUCAAAAGAGCUCGUCUAGCACCUGUCCAUUCAAUGCAAUCGCCAAUUUCUCUUCCGAUCCCAAUUUCUCCUCGGCCAAAUCGACUAUUUUCUUCCGACCAUGCUGUCGUUGACUUGACCAAGUUCAAAUCCACCGCGAUUUCCGGAAAACUGAACCAGAACCUUCUUCCUGCUGUCAAGCGUCCCGUUCCGCCAAAAGUUGGCUUUCUUCGCAUCUCUAUCCGACAAUUGUGUCUUGGUCCGCAUCCUGUCACAUGCCCCUUCGAGCUCGGGAACUGCUUUGAAGAUAAAGCCUUCCAUGGCGCGAAAAUCGCAAUUCCUAAGAAUUCUACUACAAUGAUGGAUCAAACUCUUAGCAAGGAAGGUAUACACUCCGCGAAAAUUGAAGCGUAG